AUGAUUAGGCAGUUUCUUCCCAAAGUUAAUUGGGAGCAAUUGGAUAUCAAGAACCGUUCUGCUGCAGAAUGUGAAGCCCGGUGGAUGAGCUCGGAAGACCCAUUGAUAAACAAUGGUCCAUGGACUGUAGCAGAGGAUAAUCACAUACGCUUAAUUACACAAAACAAGGGUUUUACAGACUGGCUAGACAUUGCGGUAUCGCUAGGAACAAAUAGGACUCCAUUUCAAUGUUUGGUUCGAUAUCAGAGAAGCUUGAAUCCAUACAUAUUGAGAAAAGAAUGGACUGCAGAGGAAGAUGACCAACUCCGUGCCGCAGUAGACUUGUUUGGCGAGACUGACUGGCAAUCUGUAGCAAAUGUCUUACAAGGAAGAACUGGACCUCAAUGCUCUAAUAGAUCAGUGAUCUUCAUAUGGAAAAAGUCACUUCACCCUAGCGGAACAAGGAACCGAAAGUGGAGCUCAGAGGAAGACAAACGUUUGAAAGUAGCUGUGACGCUCUUUGGAACUAAAAACUGGCCUAAAAUUGCUCAGUUUGUUCCUGGACGGACGGGUACUCAGUGUCUAGAGAGAUGGGGGAACCCUUUAGAUCCCAAACUUAAAUUUGGGAAGUGGACCAAGGAAGAAGAUGCAAAGUUGGGAGAAGCAAUGAAAGAGCAUGGACAUUGUUGGUCCAAAGUCGCUUCAUAUAUGUCUUGUCGCACUGACAAUCAGUGUGCGAGGAGAUGGAAAAGCUUAUAUCCUCACCUAGCGCUUCUUAGACAAGAAGCUAGAAGGUUACAAAAAGAAACUACUAUAGGUAAUUUUGUUGACCGGGAAUCAGAGCGUCCUGAUCUUGUCGUAGGCGAUUUUUUAGCACUAACCGAGAUAUCUCUUGAGCCAGAACGCAAAGCAAGACAGAAGAAGAAGGCAGAUGCAGAAUGCGAGGUUGAAGCAGUUUGUGCUGAUACAGAGAGACAACCAAAGAAGCGGAGAAAAGGAUUAGAGAGAUGUAUGUAGACAAGAAAAUGAGACUGAAGACAAUGUAAAGGAGAAGAAACGAAGACGAAAACGCACAAGUGUUGCAGAAACAUCAAAUAACAGCCCUGUGAUAACCAACUGCCCUCAAGUCAAAAUUGGUAUCCAGAAGCUUAAGCUAGGAGGAAAGUGUCUGCAUUAGUUCUUGCCGAGAACCAAGUUGCACCAAGUUAGGUUUUUUUGUUUGUGCUCUAGAAAAUUUUGUAAUAUGAUAGAAAAAAUAUAUUUUCAAUGAUGCUAACAACAGAGAAAUUGAGUACAUAUGCAUUUUUGUAGCUAAGCUUUCAAGUUACGACAUA